AUGACUGCCACACCUUCCCAGAAGCGCAAGGCCGAGGAGUCUGAGCCCCAAACUCAGACUCCUGCCUCUACCGGUCGCCCCAUCAAGAUCGUCCUCCUCAGGGACGGCAAACGCCCCAAGGUAGCCCGCGGCGACGACGACCAAGUCACUGUGCCAAAACCACCAGCCACAGUGUACCGCCACAACAAGCUGAAGAAGCUUGUUAUUCGCAACACGAGCUCCGCGAAUCAGUCCAUGUAUCCCAUGGUGAUUCCUAUCGUCUUUCGUGGUGCCCAGGCCCAAGAGCCUGAAGAAAAGCCCGUCGAGUUCACUUUCCGGUACGACUUUCGCCCUAAGUCUUCCGACACCACGCAGAGUGGUCUGCCCACUCAGCAGCUGGCCCCUGGCGCAGUCCAGAAGAAGAGAAUAGCCCCAACUCUGGUGAAAGCCGGAUAG